CAGAUGAUCAAACGUUUGGAAACUGAAACAGUCGAAAGAAGCAGUGACGAAUCUGAAGAAAAUGGCCUGGACGAGCAAAAGACAGCCACAUAAUCAGUGAAAAUUUAGUGAAGGAGAAGUCAUGGCCUGCGCCCGAGUGCCACUGGAUGAGCAGCAGGUGACCGAGCCGGGCCCGCUGGGAAAAGAGCACACGCUGCCUGCACUGCACCCGGCCAGGAAGGAGGAGCGCUGCUUUGUGCCUUACAAAUCCCCCCCAGAAGACGGCUCUCCGGCUGAGGUGGAGGAGUUUUUGGAACAUGCCAAAUUCAUCACAGAGGACCUGGAGUGGCUGCUGACGCUGCCUCAUGACAAGUUCUGGUGUCAGGUGGUGUUUGACGAGUCUCUGCAGAGGUGUCUGGAUUCAUACCUGCAUCACGCCCCUCGCGGCCUCGACCUCGCCACCCUGCCCUCCUCCCCAGCAGUAGCCGACAUGCAGCGCUCCGUCCACAGGUUGGUCUUCUUGACCUUCCUCAGGAUGGCCACACACAAAGAGUCUAAGGACAACUUUAUCACGCCGGCUGUGUUUGGAGAAAUUAUCUAUGAGAACUUCCUGUUUGACAUUCCCAAAAUCCUGGAUCUGUGCGUGCUCUUCGGAAAGGGCAACAGCCAGCUGCUGCAAAAGAUGAUCGAGAACAUCUUCACCCAGCAGCCGUCUUACUACAGCGACCUGGAUGAGACGGUGCCCACUGUGUUACAGGUGUUCGACACCAUCGUGGACAAGUGCGGUCUCCACUGUGAGGGAGCCGCCGCCAUGGAGCCCAUGAAGCUGAACGCACACAAACAGCCCACUGCCAUGACCAUGAGCCAGCAGGAACUUGUAGAUCUUAUUCUGUACCUGUGUGACUCGACCACCACCAUCCAUGCCUUCCUGGACAUCUUCCCUGCCGCCUGCUCCAGCUUCCACUCCCACUGCUUCCUCAGCAGACUGACCUCGUUUUAUGAGACCGCUGUGCCUGACCUGGAGAAGGCGGUGAAGAAGAGAAACUUUGAUGAUAAAGGUCUUCAGGAGGACUUGUGGAAGAGAUUGUCCCACUCCUGUCGUAAGAUAGUGGAGAUGGCUCACCUGCUGCUGCAUCACACCUGCCUACAGCCGAUCCUGGAGGGCGGAGAAAACCUACAAACAUUUGCAGAGGAGCUCCUGCAGCAUUUCUCAUCUUUUUUACCCGAGAAAAGGUAA